GUGACGUCACAGUCAUAUUCGCAUAGUCAAUGACUGUUUCUGCAUCAUGUCGACAGAAGUUGGGUCCGGUGGCGCUUAUGGUGCUGGCAAGGCUGGCGCGCCUUUUGACCCGUUAACGUACAUUAAAAAACCACAAGUGAUACUUAGAUUAGCUAGUCUGUUGUUUGCCAUUGUGGUGUUCGGCUGCAUAUCAUCAGGAGCCUGGUAUGCCGGCAACUGUCUGAUGAAUGAUGAUACCAAUGCCUGUGGUUAUGGAACAGGAAUUGGUGUUCUUGCAUUUCUGCUCUGUCUUGCUUUUCUUAUGGUGGACGCCUUGUUUGACAAUUUGAGCAAUGUCCAGCAUAGGAAAUAUGCUGUGCUGGCUGACCUUGGUUCAUCAGCCUUGUGGACAUUCUUGUGGUUUGUUGGAUUUUGCUACAUGACUGAUCAGUGGAGAAAGACUGUUCCGUCACCAGAACUUCAUAUAACGACAAAUGACAGAAACAACAUUCAGGCAGCCAUUGCAUUCUCCUUUUUCUCCAUUUUCACCUGGGGUGCUCUGACAUUCUUGGCUGUGCGUCGCUACCGUUUGGGUGGACAAGAGGCAUUUAACUCUGGAUUUGAUCAAGAGCAGAAUGCUUCCUCUCCCUAUUCAUCUUUUCCUGGCAGUGACAGUGGGGAUCCCUACCAGCAGCCUCCAUUCAGCCAGCAAAAGGAAACCCCAGACUACCAGCCUCCAACCUACUGAUGACAUAGAAGUGACAGAAUCUUCACUCAAAAUCUGUUUUUGAUGCACAUCACUCUUCAUUCAUCUUUCCCCUCCUGUCUGUCUCUCUCUCUCUGUCUCUCUUCCUCUUCUUAGCUUUUUUGCUGUUAUCUUAUACAGCCCAUCCCUAAGAAUAUGCACUAGUGAGCUUGAAGUGAAGGAGAAUGUAUUGGUUCACAGUUCCCUGUUGACGUAAGGCCAAUCACAGCUUUACCUCCCUGUGGAUCAUCUCUUGGCAUCAGCAAUAAUUCUUGAUGCUCCUAGCCACUUGUGCAGAUUCUGGUGAUGCUAGUUCAUUCAUUGUAGGUGUGCGUAUUUACAGUGAAGUUAAUGUUCUGAUGCUUGAUAAAAGGCAAGUAGAUGAUAAGUGGCUUUAGAGAGGGUAACUGACCAGACUAGAAAGCAGGGUAGUUAUUGGUUGUCCUAGUAGUCAAGUUGGUGUGAUGUAGCUUAUCUGGUAGGUUUCAAGUUAAUUACAGUUUUGUGUCUUUUGUCACCUGUCCUCAGAACUAGCAGUCACUAGAUUUCUUCCAUUGACAUAUUCUGUGCCCAUUCAGUCAGAUUCAUUUGUUUUUUGAAUUUUGUCGUUUAUUUUCAAAGGCUGUUGAACAUGAGCUCUCUGAUAUGAGUGUCAAAUGCUUGCCCUUUAAAAAGAAGAAAGGAAAAGAAAAUUUGAAGCUGUGAUCUGUUCGAUCAGUUCUAUUACAGCAAAAUUUUCCAUCAAAAUUUACUAUACAAAGUUUCUUUAAAAUGUUCUUUAGGAAUCCGGGUUCUUGUAAAGCAUCUGUAUUACAGGUUGCUGGGCUGCACUCUCACAAUGGAAAAAGGUAAUCAGAUUAGGGCAUACUUGUAGCAAACAUUGCAAACAAAUUUGAUUAGGAGGACAUCGGAUUCCUAGCAAGAGCAGCAUGACAGUAGUCAUUCGCGAAUAAAAAACCGAAUGAGUGUGUUGCAUUUCUAAGAAAUUUUAUGAUUAAAGACCUGUAGUUUUUUUUUUAAUUUUUGAACCAGACAGUGAGGACACAUUAUGCAGACUUCUUUUUGUGAUCAACUGUUAGACUCUUAGCUUAAAAGUAGUAUUUCUAUGUGUAAAAGUAGUUUCUCCAAAUAAUAGAAAAUAAGUACAAGUUUUCAAGUUUUGAAAGCAAACAAACUUUGAGUGAUCUGCGCAAAUGAUCGAGUUGUAGGUACAAAGAGCAACAUUUCUUGCUGUGUUUUCCUUAUUUUGUUUUAUUUGACAUUUUACUGCAUUACCUUCUGGAUGCAUAGUUCAGGGACUUUAACCUGCCUCAUCCAUUAGCUGCUGUGCUGUUGCAAAAAUCCAAAAUUUCUCCAGAUUCUUUAGUUACUUUAGAAACUUUCACCAUUGUGAUUUUUUUUUUUGUUCCUUUGUAACAAUAAUAAAACCUAAUAUCCUAGUUUUUUAGUGAUACACUGAAUAAAACAUUUGAAAAUCAAUUUCAGUUGAACUGGGUGGCCCUUGAAAAAAUUAAGUUUUCUUUUUCUGCAGCAGCUGGUCUUGUGGACCAUAGGCAUACUGAAGGGGGAUGGUAUGUGUGUGUGUGUGCAAUAACAAGAGAUGAGAAGGGUUGUAUGGGAGAAAAGUAGGUCAUGUGGGUGGGUGGGUAAGUUCACAUGAGCAAGAUCGCAAAUUUGGUAUUUCAUAUUUAUAUGGCAUAUAAAGGUAUUUGGCAUAUCAUUCAGUUCUGGGUACUAAUGAAUUUAAUCUGUGCUAAGAAGUGCUGGAAAAAGUGCCACUCCAACCUGCUAAGCUGGUGUAGAUUUUAUUUGUUGAAGAUCAGAUUUGUUCUAAUGAUGUGCUUGGAUUGUAGCAUGAAACUAUCAGCAGCAUUUAUGAAAGCUAAACUUGCCUUCAUCUGUCAGAAUCUUGUUGAUUAUUUUCCUCACUGCUGUUCACCCUGAAGAUUCAGGGGCUUUGAUUCAUAUAGAGUCCAUUUCAAGACUUUAUCAAUUUGCUAGACACAUCAACAGCUAAGUUAUUUUCCACCAAGUUACCCGUGGAGCAGUAAUAAAUACUUUUAGAAUGUGGUCAUUUUGUGUUAGCAUUUCUUGCCAUCCAGUCACAUGUGCACCCUACUUCAGAUUUCAUUGCUUGAUAUUUAUACAUGGGGUGGGAGGCAGCAGCAAGGGUAGUUCAUGCUUUGAGUAAACUCAGUUUUGAUUUUGUUUUUUUGUUGGUGAUUCUUAAGGUAUGCUAAACUGCAUAAUUUGUGGGUUUAUGAAUUUUUUUCAAGAUCAUUAGAUCUGCUGGGUUAUCUAAUUAACUAAUUAGGUGCCAUUUUGAUUGCUGUUACUCAUGUAUAUUUUCUACCAUUUUCUUUUUCAUUCUAUUGAGUGAGUGAAUAAAAUUUGGUUGUCAGAUAAGAAUGCUCAUCUAUUUAUAAAGAAAGGCUGUUUCCCCCUUAUGGAUUCAUAUUAUAAGAAAGGCUGCAUUUCCUGAUUCUUGUUUCUAUGUGUAUAGUCAAAUAAAGCUGAACUCAGUGUGCAUGUACAACUCUACUGCAGUAAACUGAUGAAAGCUUAUAGUUCUGUGUGUAUAUAGUUCAAAACUAUCCUUGUAUGCAAGAUUUUAUGUGUAACAGUUUGUGUCCUAGAGCUGGUUAAAGUUUGGAUCAUAAAAUCAAUAAGCCAGAUCACCUUGAUGCAUUAUAUGAAAGUGUUAUUGAUGAGGCUAAGUCCUUCAUCUUUUGUUACCAGUCUAUUCUUAAGGAAGUGAAGGUACAGAAUUAUCAAACAUUUUACAAAAGCUUUCAAAUUCAGCAAUAUGAAAGAUAACUGCCAGCAUUCCGUGUGUGUUGUGACUGGGAGUAUGUCUUUAACAGAUUUUUAAACUUUUUAAAAAGCGUUAUCUGAAAACACUGAUUGAGGCUAGUGUAGCUUUUAAAACAAACCUUUCAUUUGUUACACAUUGAUUUAAUUGCGUUGUGGUGCAUUACACCUUUCAGUUGUACAAAAUCAUUCUUUGUUCCAAUGAUCUCUUUAAUUUUUAUUAUUUUUCAAUUCAUUAUUAAUUUUACUUGAAUAAUUUUUCGAUGAUCGAGGCUUUUGAUGAUUCAGCGUGCAAUGCUAAGCUGUUAAGCACUCUAGUUACUGUUGUGCUUUUGAAACUAUGUAUCACUUGCUGUUGUGAAUACUUCACUGUGAUGAGACUGAAUAAACUAUAUCCACUGCCUGA